AUGGCGCUGAUGACCCCGGCCACCGACAACGUGACCAAUGAGCCACCUCAGGCUCGACCCUGCGAUCCUCAGGAGCAAGCGCCCUUCUUCAAGCUCCCUUGGGAGCUUCGCACGGCCAUCUAUGAUAUCGCAUACCCUCGUAUCCAUCUACCGCAACUCAUAUACAUAGAUGUCAAUGGCAAGGCGACGUGCAAUGAGGUCGGAAAUUCUUCUUCUGUGAAAGGCCGUCUUUGUCGAGUUGUCUGUAAUGGGGUAUUUGAAGAUAACGGCGCUGAGAUUAGAGCGAGACGCGCGGCUACACACCAUGCGGCGAGUUCCACAGGACCAGACCUUGAGCGGAACCAACACGAGCAAUACUGUCGCCGCACUCACGACGAGCUUGCCUACCCAUUGCCCCUCCUGCUCGCGUGUCGCCGCAUGUGCGAAGACGUUGCGCCUCAUUGCGAUCAGUCGUUUGCCUUUCAAGACUUGCUCGCUCUGGAAGCCUUCUUCGACAAGGUGGCGGGCAGGGAACUGGCCAACGGUCUCAGGGGACGGUUGAACAAGGUCUCACUCGAUGUCAAAUUCAGCAACACCGAUGCCUUCAAGCCUUCAUCGAGAAAGAAGAUCCUCCCUCGCUGGACGGCGGCCUGCGAGAGACUCUCCACGUGGGAGAACAUGCAAAGCUUCCGGCUGCGCGUAGAGAUCCCCUUGUCGCAGCAAAAAGCCAUGCCCGGGAAUCUUCACGUUCCCUUUAUAAGGGAGCUCGAUCGGGUUGCGGCUCACGCCCCAGACAUCGAGAUAAAGAUGAUGCUCACCUCGCGAGCUCAUCCAAGAUCUGCAUCAAUCAGGCUAUAUAAUCCGGGUGCGCCAGCUUAUAAUUUGAAAGAUUACGGCUUCGAGGUGCCUCGUUGGAGAACACAGCAGGUCAAGGGGGAUGAGUUGGACAGAGAUCUCGGGAUGUCGUAG